CUUCGUAUACAGACACCACAGAGAGACUGAGACACAUGACAUACACUGACACCAUGGAGAGAGACAGAGACGCACACACCUGUAUUACACACACCAGACAGAGGAGGUAGAGGUGACUGUCUGAGCCGCGGCAGAGCGGCGCUGAGACCGCAGUGGGUGCAGGGAGGGGCCGGGAGCUGCAUUGGGAGUGAGCUCGGUGCAGGGAGGCUGGCGGAGGAGGAGGUGGGGCAGUGUCGGACUGUACAGGAAGAGGGGGAUAGAGCCCUGACACCGGGACCGGCUGCUGCGCCUUCCUCUAGGCCUGCUGCUGCUGAUCAUCAUCAGUGUGCCGCAGAGCUUACACCUCACCCGGCUGUCGGUACAAGUCAAGGAGCAUGUCAGUGAUGAUGUAUCCCCGGGAGGAGAAACUAGACAAGUUGUCCCAGGAGGAAAUCAUCACCAAUACCAAGCUUGUAAUGCAGGGUCUGGAGGCACUGCGCAACGAACACAACUCCAUAUUACACAGCCUCCUGGAGACCAUAAAAUGCCUCAAGAAAGAUGAGGAAGCCAAUCUGGUCCACGAGAAGUCUGGCCUGCUACGCAAAUCAGUGGAAAUGAUCGAGCUGGGACUGGGUGAGGCUCAGCUGAUGAUGUCGCUGUCCAAUCACCUGACGGCGGUGGAGUCAGAGAAGCAGAAGUUACGGGCACAGGUGAGGCGCCUGUGCCAGGAGAACCAGUGGCUACGAGAUGAGCUGGCAAAUACCCAGCAGAAACUGCAGCAUAGCGAGCAGAAUGUGGCCCAGCUGGAGGAGGAGAAGAAACAUCUGGAGUUCAUGAACCAGCUGAAGAAAUAUGACGAGGAUGUGUCACCCACUGAGGAAAAGGAGGUGGAUCCUUCUAAAGAGAAUCUGGAUGAGCUAUUCCCCAACGAGGAGGAAGACUCAACAUCAGGCAUGUCUCACCAGCAUGGUAGUUCAGCGGCUGCAGCUGCCCAGCAGGGGGGGUAUGAGAUCCCAGCACGGCUCCGCACGUUGCACAAUCUCGUCAUCCAGUACGCAUCUCAGGGUCGCUAUGAGGUGGCUGUGCCGCUUUGCAAGCAAGCAUUGGAAGACCUUGAGAAAACAUCGGGCCAUGACCAUCCUGAUGUGGCAACUAUGCUAAACAUCUUGGCCUUGGUGUAUAGAGACCAGAACAAAUACAAAGAAGCGGCACAUCUGCUCAAUGACGCACUGUCGAUCAGAGAGAAGACUUUGGGCAAGGACCACCCAGCGGUGGCGGCCACACUCAAUAACUUAGCAGUUCUGUAUGGGAAAAGAGGAAAGUACAAAGAGGCGGAACCUCUCUGCAAGAGGGCCCUGGAAAUACGUGAGAAGGUUUUAGGAAAAGAUCAUCCUGAUGUAGCGAAGCAACUGAACAACCUAGCGCUGUUGUGUCAGAACCAGGGAAAGUACGAUGAAGUUGAAUACUAUUACUGCCGUGCGCUGGAGAUCUACCAGGCCAGACUAGGACCUGAUGAUGCAAACGUUGCCAAAACCAAGAACAACCUGGCCUCCUGUUACCUGAAACAAGGGAAAUAUAGGGCAGCUGAGCAACUGUAUAAGGAUAUCCUCACGCAAGCUCAUGUGAAAGAAUUCGGCUCUGUGGAUGACGACCACAAGCCUAUCUGGAUGCACGCCGAGGAGAGAGAGGAGAUGAGCAAGACGCCAAAUAAUGACAGCACGCCGUAUUCGGAGUACGGAGGUUGGUACAAAGCCUGCAGAGUUAACAGUCCCACAGUGAACACCACGCUUCGAAACCUUGGUGCUUUGUAUCGGCGUCAGGGGAAGUUAGAGGCAGCUGAGACGCUGGAGGAGUGUGCUGUAAGGUCACGCAGACAGGGACUGGAUCCGGUCAACCAGACAAAAGUCGCUCAGCUUCUAAAGGAGGGAGAGACCUCCGAGCAGCGGAAGAAGGGGCGAGAGAGCACCCGAAGCAGCGUGAAGUACGAAGGUGGCACGGACGGUGCAGAAGAAGUGAGUAUGGGCGGCGUGGAGUGGAGCGGGGACGGCAGUGGUACACUCAGACGCUCAGGGUCUCUGGGCAAGAUCCGGGAUGUUCUGCGAAGAAGCAGCGAGAUGUUAGUGAAGAAGCUGCAGGGGACAGCACCGCCAGAGCCACGAAACACAAAUAUGAAACGAGCGGCAUCUCUAAACUAUCUCAACAAGUCCAGUGAUGAGACGUUCAAAGUUUCUCAAAAUCCUCUGUCUGAAACUCGAGGCUUGAGUGCCAGUAAUAUCGAUCUGUCAUCUCAUAGCUAAUGAGUCCUGUCUGUCUUAUGGGAGAUGCUACAAAUACUACGCCUAGAGAAUCACCUUAUCUCCUAACUGAUCACAUCCUAAUCCCAGCAGUUCCAGAGUGACGCUGACCUGAACUCCUACUGAACAGUUACAUAUUUUAUCUAUAAACUACUCUUAGAGUAAAAAUACAAAAUCUUAUCUAUUACUAGGAUGAAAAGAUAUUGGAUUAUAAUCUCGCAACAUUCUGGAUGGAGGUACUGCCCUCUGUAGUGUUUUUACUAGAUGCAUUAAUGCCCUGUGUGUCCAUUGUGAUCAGAACAGGCUUGGAUUCUUACACAUCCCUGUGUGCUAGAGUAACACUACUGGCGCAUGUCCGUGUGCUAGAGUAACACUACUGGCGCAUGUCCGUGUGCUCCUGUGUGCUAGAGUAACACUACUGGCGCAUGUCCGUGUGCUAGAGUAACACUACUGGCGCAUGUCCGUGUGCUAGAGUAACACUACUGGCGCAUGUCCGUGUGCUAGAGUGACACUAUUGGCGCAUGUCCGUGUGCUAGAGUGACACUACUGGCGCAUGUCCGUGUGCUAGAAUAACACUACUGGCGCAUGUCCGUGUGCUAGAGUGACACUAUUGGCGCAUGUCCGUGUGCUAGAGUGACACUACUGGUGCAUGUCCGUGUGCUAGAAUAACACUACUGGCGCAUGUCCGUGUGCUAGAGUAACACUACUGGCGCAUGUCCGUGUGCUAGAGUGACACUAUUGGCGCAUGUCCGUGUGCUAGAGUGACACUACUGGCGCAUGUCCGUGUGCUAGAAUAACACUACUGGUACAUGUCCGUGUGCUAGAGUAACACUACUGGCGCACGUCCGUGUGCUAGAGUAACACUACAGGGGCAUGUCCGUGUGCUAGAGUAACACUACUGGCGCAUGCUCGUGUGCUAGAGUAACACUACAGGCGCAUGCUCAUGUGCUAGAGUAACACUACUGGCGCAUGCUCAUGUGCUAGAGUAACACUACUGGCGCAUGCUCAUGUGCUAGAGUAACACUACUGGCGCAUGUCCGUGUGCUAGAGUAACACUACUGGCGCAUGUCCGUGUGCUAGAGUGACACUAUUGGCGCAUGUCCGUGUGCUAGAGUGACACUACUGGCGCAUGUCCGUGUGCUAGAAUAACACUACUGGUACAUGUCCGUGUGCUAGAGUAACACUACUGGCGCACGUCCGUGUGCUAGAGUAACACUACAGGGGCAUGUCCGUGUGCUAGAGUAACACUACUGGCGCAUGCUCGUGUGCUAGAGUAAUACUACAGGCGCAUGCUCAUGUGCUAGAGUAACACUACUGGCGCAUGCUCGUGUGCUAGAGUAACACUACUGGCGCAUGUCCGUGUGCUAGAGUAACACUACUGGCGCAUGUCCGUGUGCUAGAGUGACACUAUUGGCGCAUGUCCGUGUGCUAGAGUAACACUACUGGCGCACGUCCGUGUGCUAGAGUAACACUACUGGCGCACGUCCGUGUGCUAGAGUAACACUACAGGGGCAUGUCCGUGUGCUAGAGUAACACUACUGGCGCAUGCUCGUGUGCUAGAGUAACACUACAGGCGCAUGCUCAUGUGCUAGAGUAACACUACUGGCGCAUGCUCGUGUGCCAUAAUAAUGUUACAGGCACAUGCUGUAGUAACGUAGCAGGCACAUUCCCGUGUGGCCUAGUAACACUAUAGGUACACGCCCAGAUAAUGCUACAGGCACAUGCCCAUGUGCCAGAGUAAUACUACAGUUGGUGUACCAGUCUCUUAUAUGCCAUUUUAAUCUGAUGCAGCAGACUUUGGGUUUUAAUAAAAAAUAAAAAUCAGGAAUCAUUUGAUAAAUGUUGUACAUACCAGCCUCUGGGAUGUGUAACACUCCAGUACCCCAAUAUUUUUUGUUCUCUGUAUAGUUGUAACUGAGUUGGUCAGGCUGCAAGUGACUUGCCAUGAAGAAUGCUGCAGGUGACUUGCCAUGGAGAAUGCUGCAGGUGACUUGCCAUGGAGAAUGCUGCAGGUGACUUGCCAUGGAGAAUGCUGCAGGUGACUUGGUCUUUUAGGGUCAAUAGCACUUUAUUUAGAGUUACCAAAAUGACUACUCCACACAGAGCACUAGUUCCUUACUUCCCCUUGACUGCCAAAUUCCCACGGCUCCUGCUCACUCCUACAGGAAGGCACCAUUCUCUCCUCUGUUGGGCUGGUGCCCAGUUGAAUUAAUGAGCAUGGUCCUUUCUUCAGUCAUCUCCACUUUACGCAUAACAGAAGUACUGGUAGAUGCUGCGGAAGUAAAGAGGGACGUGCAUCCUCUAGAAUGUUGUUCAUUGACCCCGCCGUGCUGCAAUAAUUAUCUUUGCAAAUUAAUGACUGUUCCAUCUCUUGUGCUUCAUGCUGUUCUCUCAUUCUUAUCAUGUCACCCGGUGUGUCAUUCUCCCAGAUCCCACCAGAGGGUGCUCUUGACAAAUAAAGUGCUGCUGUUUCCGGCAUGUAGAUGCUUGUGUUCUGCAUUUUGUUUUCUUGGUUUUUGUAUUUCCUGCCCUUGACCCCAUUCUCCAUCAUGUAUCAUAAUUUGGAUUUUAUCUCAGGAAAAUAAAAUUAUUUGGAAACCUGA